AUGGAGGAAAAAAAUGACAAAGAUAUAAAAAAAUAUUUGAAAGAUAAUUAUAUCUUAAGGAAAGUUGUAUUUGAAUGGAUACCAUAUAAUCAGUUUAACGUCAUUAAAAAAAUAGGAAAUGGAGUCGCUACAGCAAUAUGGAAGGAUGGCCCAUUAUAUUAUAAUGUAUGUUUAAAAAGAUAUAAAAGGGAUUCAAAUAAAAAAGUUGCUUUAAAAUUUAUUAAUAACUCACAAGAUGUUUCUAAUGAGUUUUUAAACAAGGUAAAUUUAUAUUUAACAACAUCAGGGAGUAGUCCUUUUAAACUUUUAGCAAAUAAUAUCGAAUAUGGAAUGUCUCAAAAUCCAAAUACAGAAGAUUACAUUUUGGUUUUAAACGAAAAAUAUUUUGAAAAAUAUUGUGAUAAAUGUGGUGAAGAAUAUACAAAUAAACACUAUAAAUGGUGUAAACCAUGCCAAAUUGAUUUUUUGAAAAGUAAUUUUACUGACUGGAUUAGUAGAAUUGAACAAAUUGAAGUUUUUAUUGCUUUUAUUAAAAAAGAGCAAUUUAAAUGGAUACCAUAUGAUCAGUUAAGUUAUAUUAAAGAAAUAGAAAAUAUUGGUGCUACAGCAAUAUUGAAUUGGAAAAGUGAUGAUACAGAUGGUUCAUUUAAAGCAUAUGACUCAAAUAUGUACUUGCAAAGAAGAUUAAAUGAAAAAGUCGCCUUAAAAUAUUUAUAUAAUUUACAAUAUAUUUCUGAUAUGUUUUUAGAUAAGGCUAAUGGAUUAAAAAAUAUUACUAGUUAUGGAAUAACUCAAAACCCAAAUACAAAAGAUUAUGUUUUGGUUUUUCAUAAAGAAUAUUUUGAGAAAUAUUGUAUAAAAUGUGGUGAAAAAUAUAAAGCUGAAAUAGAUGGAAUAUAUAAAUGGUGUAAUCCAUGUCAGAUUGGUUUUUUGGAAAGUAAUUUUACAAAUUGGACCAGUGGAAAUAAGCAAAUUGAUUAUUUUAUUCAAAGAAAGCAAUCACUAAUUAAAAACCCAUGGGAUACAAUAUUUGAAUGGAUACCAUACAAUCAGUUUAAUGCCAUAAAAAAAAUAGAAAAUAGAAUUGCUACAGCAAUAUGGAAGGAUGGUCCAUUAGAAAGUAAUAUAGACUUAAAAAAAUAUAGAAGGAAUUCAAAUAAAAAUGUUGUUUUAAAAUCUUUUAAUAAUUCACAAAAUGUUUCUGAUGAAUUUUUAAACAAAGUAAAUAGAUUUUUUUAUAAUUUUUUAUUAGGGAGUAGUUCUUUUAAACUAGCACAUAAUAUUGGACAUGGAAUGUCCCAAAAUCCAUAUACAAAAGAUUAUAUUUUAGUUUUUAAUGAAGAUUAUCUUGAAAAAUAUCAUAAAGAAUAUUGUAAAAAAUGUGGCGAAACAUAUACAGUUGAAAUAUACAAAUGGUGUAAAUCAUGUCAAAUUGAUUUUUUGAAAAAUAAUUUUAUAAAUUGGACCAGUGGAAAUAAACAAAUUGAUGAUUUUAUUAAAAAAAAACAGUUGCAAAUUAAAAGAUCGUGGAAUAUAAUAUUUGAAUGGAUACCAUAUAAUCAGUUUACUGGCAUUAAAGAAAUAGAAAAUAUUGGUGCUAUAGCAAUAUGGAAGAGUGGUCCAUUAUGUUAUAACUCAAAUUCAAAUAUGUAUGAAAGAAAUUUGGUAAAUGAAAAUGUUACUUUAAAAUAUUUGCAUAAUGAAAUACCAGAUAUCCCUAAUGAAUUUUUAGACAAGAUCAAAUCAAAAGGUAUUAUCAGUUAUGGAAUGUCUCAAAAUCCAGAUACAAAAGAUUAUAUUUUAGUUUCUAAUGAAAAAUACUUUGAAAAGUAUUAUAAAACAUAUUGUAAAAAAUGUGGCGAAAAAUAUGCAGUUGAAAUAUAUAAAUGGUGUAAAUCAUGUCAUGUUUAUUAUUUGAAAAGUAAUUCUACAGAUUGGACGAGUAAAAUUAAACAAAUUGAAACUUUUAUUGCUUUGAUUCAAGAAAAGCAAUUUAAAUGGAUACCAUAUAAUCAGUUAGGUUAUAUUAAAGAAAUAGAAAAUAUUGGUACUACAGCAACAUGGAUGAAUGGAAAUGAUUUAUUUGAAUCAUAUGAAAGAGUUGUUGCUUUAAAAUAUUUACAUAAUUUACAAUAUAUUUCUGAUGAAUUUUUGAGUAGGGUUAAAUCAGAAGAUAUUUGUUUAGGAAUUUCUCAAAGUCCAGAUACAAAAAAUUUUAUUUUUGUAUUUUAUGAAAAAUAUUUUGAAAAUUAUUGUGAUAGUUGUUGUAAUAAAUAUACUAAUGAAAAUUAUAAAUGGUGUAAGUCAUGUCAAAUUAAUUAUUUGAAAAGUAAAUUUACAAACUGGACCAGUGGAGAUAAGAAAAUUGAUGAAUUCAUUCAAAAAAAGCAAUUGCAAAUUAAUAGCCCACAGGAUUUAAUGUUUGAAUGGAUACCAUACAAUCAGUUUAGUAACAUUAAAAAAAGAAAAAAUGGAUUUGCUACAGUAGUAUGGAAAGAUGGACCAUUAAAGUUUGAUGAAUGCUCAAAGAAAUAUGAGAGAAAUUUAAAUAGAAACGUUGCUUUAAAAUAUUUGUAUGGCUCCCAAAAUAUUACCGAUGAAUUUUUAAUCAAAGUGAAAUCGUAUUUAAUGGAAGAUAUUAGUUAUGGAAUAUCUCAAAAUUCAGAUACAAAAGAUUAUAUUUUGGUUUUUAAUGAAAAAUAUCUUGAAACAUGUUGUAAAAACUGUGGUGAGAAUUAUACAGCUAAAAUAUACAAAUGGUGUAAACCAUGUCAAAUUGAUUACUUGAAAAGUAAUUUUGUAGAUUGGACUAGUAAAAUUAAACAAAUUGAAGCUUUUAUUUAUAUUCUUCAAGAAGAUCAAUUCGAAUGGAUACCAUAUGAUCAGUUUAGUGAUAUUAAAGAAAUAGGGAAUAUUGGUGCCACAGCAAUAUGGAAGAAUAGGCCAUUAACAUAUGGCUUCUUAAUAGGUCAACAAAGAUCAGUUGCUUUAAGAUAUUUGUAUAAUUUGCAAUAUAUAUCUGAUGAGUUUUUAAGUAUGAUUAAAUCAAAAGAUAUUACCAGUUAUGGAAUGUCUCAAAAUCCAGAAACAAAAGAUUAUAUUUUGAUUUUUCAUGAAGAUUAUCUUGAAAAAUUUUGUAAAGAUUGUGGCGAGAAUUAUUUAGAUGAAAUAAAUAAAUGGUGUAAAUCAUGUAAAAUUGAUUUUUUGAAAAGUAAUUUUAUAAGUUGGACUAGCGAAAAUAAACAAAUUGAUGAUUUUAUUCAAAAAGAGCAAUUUCGAAUUGAAAAACCAUGGGAUAUAAUAUUUGAAUGGAUACCAUACAAUCAAUUUACUGAUAUUAAAGAAAUAGAAAAUAUUGGUGCUAUAGCAACAUGGAAGAAUGGUCCGAAAUAUUAUAAUUCAAAUUUAAAUAAAUAUGAAAGAUAUUUAAUAAAUGUUACUUUAAAAUAUCCAUAUUAUAAUAUACUAGAUAUUCUUGAUGAAUUUUUAGACAAGAUGAAAUCAAAAGAUAUUAUCAGGUAUGGAAUGUCUCAACAUCCAGAUACAAAGGAUUAUAUUUUAGUUUUUCAUGAAAAAUAUCUUGAAAAAUUUUGUAAGGGCUGCGGUAAGAAUUAUUCAGAUGAAAUAAAUAAAUGGUGUAAAUCAUGUCAAAUUGAUUUUUUGAAAAGUAAUUUUACAAGUUGGACCAGUAGAAAUAAGCAAAUUGAUAAUUUUAUUCAAAAAGAGCAACUGCAAAUUGAAAACCCAUGGAAUAUAAUAUUUGAAUGGAUACCAUACAAUCAGUUUACUGGCAUUCAAGAAAUAGAAAAUAUUGGUGCUAUAGCAAUAUGGAAAAAUGGUCCAUUAUAUUAUAAUUCAAAUUCAAAUAAAUUUGAAAGAAAUUUAAUGAAUGAAAAUGUUAUUUUAAAAUAUUUAUAUAAUACUAUACUAGUAAAUAUCCUUGAUGAAUUUUUAGACAAGAUUAAAUCAAAAGAUAUUAUCGGUUAUGGAAUGUCUCAAAAUCCGGAUACAAAGGAUUAUGUUUUGGUUUUUCAUGAAAAAUAUCUUGAAAAAUUUUGUAAGUAUUGUGGAGAGAAUUAUUCAGAUGAAACACAUAAAUGGUGUAAACCAUGUCAAAUUGGUUUUUUGAAAAAUAAUUUUACAAAUUGGACUAGUGGAAAUAAGCAAAUUGAUGAUUUUAUUCAAAAAGAGCAAUUACAAAUUAAUAACCUAUGGAAUGUAAUAUUUGAAUGGAUACCAUACAAUCAUUUUACUGGAAUUAAAGAAAUAAAAAAUAUUGGUGCUAUAGCAAUAUGGAAUGAUGGUCUAUUAAAAUAUAAUUCAAAAUCAAAUAAAUAUGAAAGAAAUUCAGUAAAUGAGAAUGUUACUUUAAAAUAUUUACAUAAUAUACCAGGUAUCCUUGAUGGAUUUUUAGACAAGAUUAAAUUAAAAGAUACUCUCAGUUAUGGAAUGUCUCAAAAUCCAGAUACAAAAGAUUAUAUUUUAAUUUCUCAUAAGGAAUAUUUUGAAAAAUAUUGUGAAAAUUGUGAUGAAAAAUAUACAGAUGAAAUAUGUAAAUGGUGUAAAUUAUGCCAAAUUGAUUGUUUAAAAAGUAAUUUUACAAUUUGGACCAGUGGAGAUAAGCAAAUUGAUUGUUUUAUUCAAGAAAAGCGAUUACAAAUUGAUAGUCCAUUAGAUAUAGUAUUUGAAUGGAUAUCAUACAAUCAAUUUAGUGAAAUUAUUGAAAGAGAAAAUGGGUUUGCUGCAGCAUUAUGGAAGGAUGGUCCAUUGAAAUUUGAUAAAUGUUCAAAGAAAUAUGUAAGGAAUUCAAACAGAAAUAUUGCUUUAAAAUACCUAUAUGGCUUUCAAUAUAUUACCGAUGAAUUUUUAAACAAGGUGAACUCAUAUUUAAUGGAAGAUAUUAGUUAUGGAAUAUCUCAAAAUUCAGAUACAAAAGAUUAUAUUUUGGUUUUUCAUGAAAAAAUGUUUGAAAAUUCUUUUGUAUAUUUAGAUGAAUUAGAAAAUUGUUUGGAAGAACAUUUCAAAAAAUGCUGUGUAAAAUGUGGCAAAGAACAUACAAAUGAAGUAUAUAAAUGGUGUAAAUCAUGUAUAAUAAAUUGUAAGAAUUUAAGAAUCAUUGGUAUAAUUAAAAAUAGUUCUAAAAUUAAGUGGAUAUCAUAUAAUCAAUUCAGUGAUAUCAAAGAAAUAGGAAAAGGUGGUUUUGCUACAGUAUAUUCAGCGAUAUGGAAUAAUAGGAAAGUUGCUUUAAAAUGUUUACAUAAUUCUCAAAAUUUCAUUUAUGAAUUUUUAAAUGAGGUCGAAGCUUAUUUAGCAUAUACAAAUCAGAAAUUUAGUAAUAUUCUUAAAAUAUAUGGAAUAUCUCAAAAUUCAGAUACAGAAGAAUUUAUUAUAGUUCUUGAAUAUGCAGAAGGUGGAAACUUUAAUGAUUAUUUAUAUAGAAAUUACAAAACUUUUAAUUGGUCAAAUAAAAUACAAAUAUUAAUGAAUAUUAUUAGAGGUCUUAAAGAAAUUCAUCAAAAACAGAUGGUCCAUUGUGACUUUCACACGAAGAAUAUAUUGUUUAAGCAUAUAGAAUAUAUCAAUAUAUGUAUUUCUGAUAUGGGAUUAUGUAGAGAAGUUGGUAAUAUUGAUGAAACAAAAAUUUAUGGAGUUAUGCCUUAUGUAGCUCCUGAAGUAUUAAGAGGAAAACCUUAUACUCAAGCAGCAGAUAUAUAUAGUUUUGGAAUGAUUAUGUAUUUCAUAGCAAUUGGAAGACAACCUUUUGCUGAUCGUGCGCACGAUAAACUUUUAGCUUUAGAUAUUUGUAAUGAAAUUAGACCUGAAAUAAAUGAACAAAGAGCACCAAAUUGCUAUAUUGACUUAAUGAAAAAGUGUUGGGAUUCAAAUCCAAAUAAUAGACCAAAUGCUGUUAAGAUAGAAGAGUUUAUUUGGUUAUUUCAUUAUUCACUUACAUUAAGCGCAUCAGAGUUUAAAUUUUUUAUGAAAAUUGAAAAAGAACAACAGCAUUAUGAGAUUGAAAAACAAUUUAAAGAAGCAGAAGAAUAUAGUAAAGAUAAUCCCCUAUUUAUUAAAGAUAUCCAAUCAACCACACAUCCACAAGCUAUUUAUACAUCUCGAUUACUUAAUCACUUUACAAAAGAUCUUCUUUCAGAGUGUUUAGAUUGCGAAAUCUAAUGACUCAUAAAGCUAGGUUAAAUAAUUUUUAUACAUAGUUUAUUAAAAGUUAUUGAUAUUAACGUACACGGUAUUGAUUACGCACAAAUAUUGGCCGAACCUACGUAGAGGAGCAAUGUAAGAAAAUAUACUUGUACCUGGUAUAGUUUGUAAUUUUGAUUGUUAUGUGUCUAUUAGGACUAGAACUAAGGAUUUUAUUUAGUUCGUCUUUUAUUUUUUUUUUAAAAUUUAAAUUAAAAUUUAUUUGGAAAUAUUUCUUUUUGAUUUCGUAUAUUAUUUAUUAUGUUAUAUUUAUUAUUUACUAUACCAUCUUAUUUUAGUAAAUGGUAUUUUAUUUCUUAUUUUAAAUUUGAAGUUAUAGCAGUUAUAUUCUUCGCAAU